GACGCUGCCCUCGUAGUGAGGAAGAGGCGGAGUAUUUCCCUGGUUAUGUUGCUGUUAGCUGAGUUUCUGACACCAUGGAGCUACCCGAGAGGGUUCGAAAACGCUUGGAAGACUUUUCACGCAAUAUCCUAUUUGACCAGAGUCGAACGGAGCCGUUUUCAAAAACCCAGGACACGUUUUUGCCUCACGACAAACAGGUUCUGUCCAGUCUCCAGCUCCAGAUGUCUUUGUACUUUAACAUGUGGUUCUUCCCCCUGUGGUGGAUCAGUGAAGUUGUAAUGCUGCAUCUCAAGUAUCCCGUCUUGCCAGAUUACUACAAGUUCAUCCUGGUGACUAUUCUUCUCUUGAUGACUCUGAUUGAGGCCAUCAGACUCUAUCUUGGUUAUGCCGGGAACCUUCAAGAAAAGGUUCCAGAGCUGGCCGGAUUCUGGCUGUUGAGCAUCCUGCUGCAGUUUCCACUCAUCCUCUUUCAGCUCCUUAACGAAGCCAUUCUCAUACAGCCCUUGGAGAGGGGUGUCCACAUAGUUCUGACCAUAUUCAUACUCACACAGGCCAUCUCUGGCUUUGUGGCCCUGCGGAACAUGGUCAGACAUACACAAGAUCAAUUUCAUCUCCAGCAGUUUGACUGAAUUUUGAAGCUGUGAUGGCCUCAUGUUGCAUCUGGGCUCAACUGGACAUAUUGUCUCUUCACACCUCCCAGACUCGGAGACGGACUACGAAAAAAGACUUUUCUUUUUCAUGUAAAAUAUAUUACCACCACAUGAUUUAUAUUUAAAGAGAAAAUGUGUUUAGGAAUUUAUUUUUGAACAUUUUUCACACCUGAUGGGUUUUUUAUUAUUGCAGUUUAUAUUAAAUCUAAUUUUUACAA